AUGCGGUCCUUCCUCCCGCUUGUCGUGUAUUGCAUCAGCCUGCUUUCCCUCCGGCAGCUGUCGGCUUCACCGGCCGGGGAGCGUCCUGACGCAAACAGACUGAAUCAUGUCAACGAACCUAUCGGCCAGGAAAAGGAGAUCUCCCCUCCAUCAGAUGGAAAGUCAAACAGUGUCUCAACAUCUCCAGCUACAAACAAAUCUCAAAAAUGGCUCUCAAGCUUCCCGCGGCACCCACCGGCAACAGGCGUGAGGACGGCCCCUCCUAGCCUGACAUGGGCACAGGUCACUGAGGCUUUUCAGAUCAAGAGAAGGGCUAAGAGAUCUCGUGGUCACUCGAGAGGAGGCAAAAACCACUCUCAGCAUGCCCAGUUGAAGAGAGGUUGUGCCCUAGGAACAUGCCAUAUGCAGAACUUCAGCCAUCGUCUUUAUCAGCUCAUUGGUAAGAACGGCAAGAAAGAUUCAUCCCCCGUAGACACAAGGAGCCCUCAUAGUUAUGGAUGA